AUCAGAGGUCGAAAGAGGUCAAAUCAACUCUGAUCAACAAGACCGCCACCGAUUCCCAGCAACUGCAUGAGGGGAGACACCACGAAAAAGCCUCUGGUCGAAGAAUGAUGCACUGAAAUCAGAAUGGAAGGGGGAACACCAACCUCUUGAAGGAGGGACAUGCUCAUCCAAGGAGGCAUGUUCGAUUCAUUUCAGGGAGUGUGUGUCAUAUUUGCCCGCCCAGGAUUUUUGCCCCCGAAUUGACUUCACUAGUACUUAGCGGUCCUUGGUCAACCUUCACUGGAAUUUUGAGUGGGUUAUAUCGCUUCAAAGAUAGCUCUCAAGCGCCCCACGUCACCAAUGUCCAAAGGGUUUGGCUUGACGAACCGUUUCAACCAUGAACCUGACCUUCAUCGCCCCCAAAACCCCCUGCCGCCGCAGCUGUUUCGACACAGCGAGCGGGUUCACGUGCUGCGAAUCCCGUGAUGCUCUCAAAGAGCUUCAGCAACUUGUUUGGGGUGGUGGAUGACGAAGAAGAAGCUCGUGCCUAUGCGCUGGAGGUUUUGAAGGAGAACAUCCCUCGAUCUGUGCCGAAGAUGUCCGACGAGAUCGAUCGAAGCCAGAUGCCUUUUCUGAAGCGCGUCUUUCAGCCCAAGACCCCCUCCGAGCGUGAGUUCCAGGCGACUCUCUACACAAGGCUGGAAGCAGGCUACAACAUUGCGGUGAACUGCAAUGGCGCGACUGGUCUGGUGGUGGUGCUGCAAGUGGACAAAGGUCCUGGCAGCAAGUGGAAUGCGAUCUAUCCAGACCGGCAGAUCGAAGCAAACAUGCGGAUUCUCGAGGUGAACCACAUCACCGACUGCUUCGAGAUGAUCGAUGAGCUGAGAGCCUCCUCCGAGGCGGUAAUCCGCUUCCGGCGGCCGGUCACCAAACGGCUCCUGGUGAUGCGCGACCCCGGCAGCAAGCUGGGCGUGACGCUUCUGGACUUCGACGCCACGUCCGUGUGGGUGGAUCAAGUGAUGACCUCCGGCGCUGUCUCGGAGUGGAACGAGCAAAACCCCUUGGAGAAGAUUACCACCGGGACAAGGAUCUUAGAGGUGAACGGCGUGAAGGGCAACGUGCAUCGGAUGUACGAAGCGUUGAGAAAGGAGGGUGUGCUGGAAUUGGUGGUGGAAUCCCAUGGGCCUGAGACGGCCAACCGCAAGGAGCCUGCGUCUGAAGGAUGGUAUCCCAGGCCAGUGUCCAUGAAGAAGUUGGGGCUCUGAGCUUCUCGAAGUGUCCGGUGCACCGUGGUCCCGGUUUGCGCGUCUUUGGAC